ACCAAACAAGGCAAAAUGCAGGGCGCUGGUUCUUCCGCUUCGACGGGUUACACGGGCCAGAAGGUCGCUACUACAUACGAAUUACCAUGGGUCGAAAAGUACCGACCGGUAGUGCUAGAUGACAUUGUUGGAAACGAGGAUACCAUAGCACGAUUAAAGGUUAUUGCUCGAGAUGGAAACAUGCCCCACAUGAUCAUUUCUGGAAUGCCGGGAAUCGGAAAAACAACUUCGGUGCUGUGUCUUGCUCACCAAUUGCUUGGUUCGGCUUAUCGGGAGGGUGUAUUGGAACUGAAUGCCUCUGAUGAACGCGGUAUCGACGUUGUUCGUAAUAAAAUUAAGGGCUUUGCCCAGAAAAAAGUGAACCUUCCUCCUGGACGGCACAAAAUUGUUAUUCUCGACGAAGCAGACAGUAUGACGGCUGGUGCACAACAGGCUCUGAGACGCACGAUGGAAAUUUAUUCCAAUACUACGCGUUUCGCACUCGCUUGCAAUCAGUCAAACAAAAUUAUUGAGCCCAUUCAAUCUCGAUGCGCCAUUUUACGUUAUUCUCGACUGAAUGAGCAACAAAUACAAAAACGACUUUCGGAGAUCUGCAAGGCAGAGUCCGUGUCGAUAACUGAUGAUGGUAUGGCAGCUCUGAUUAUGACAGCUGAGGGCGAUAUGAGACAAGCAAUCAACAAUCUCCAGAGUACAGUUGCGGGUUUUGACCUCGUGAACAGCGAAAACGUGUUCAAGGUGGCCGAUCAGCCCUCACCCGUUGCCGUGUUGGAUAUGAUCCGUCACUGCAUGCAUGGUGACAUCGACAAAGCACUUGAACGUCUCAAGGGUAUUUGGGGACUAGGCUUCAGUCCCGUGGAUAUCAUCACAACGAUGUUCCGCGUGGUAAAGACAAUGAAUGAGGUUCCCGAAUACUCACGGCUCGAAAUGCUUCGUGAAAUCGGAAGCGCUCAUAUGAUCGUUCUCGAAGGCGUGCAAACAUAUCUGCAACUGAGUGCUCUUAUUGCUCGACUUGCAAAAGCACACCUGAAGCCCGAACUGUUCGUUAUUUAAAAGUAAUAUGUGCAAUUUAUCUCCGCAACCAAAUCUCUUUACCGAAGUUACGAUGCUACGCAAUUCGAAAACACAAAAAUAAAAGUUCCCAUCCAGUUCCACUAGUACUCCUUUGACCAAAAUAAAUCCCAGGAUGCGAAGAAUGCGACCACGCCUGAAACGAGUAGAGUGUAGUAGUAGACGGUCUGUUUUUUCAACGGCAAGUAACCAAAGAAGCGUGGGAGACCCAUG